GGGUUUUUAACAUUCCAGCAGCAAAAUCCCUGACGAGUUACACUUUUCGUCUGCCGAGCUUUGUGUGGUCAUUAAACAUGUCUAGAAGGGAUCCUCUGCCCACACCAAGGCCUGAAAAUGACUUCACUCUUAGCGGCUUCAGGCCACAGCAGAGAAAAACAUAUGAUAAACCAACUCACAUCGCCCAAACAGAGGAACCGUGGAGUCACCUCCAUGACACGGCUACUGCGGCCAGCAGCUGGCGAAGUGUUAUGCAUUCUAAGCAUCAGGCUCCAUGUGACAACCUCGACUUAAAACUCAACGCUGUCUAUGAUCACCACAAGGACUGCUUCAGGGCAAAGAACCAGAUUUUAUAUCAGAAGGAGACCGUCUCAGAGGACCAAAGGAAACAGGAAAUGCAAGACAUGCUGGAAAAUGAGCAAGACAUCAGAAAGUGGGUCGAUCCACAGAGGCGCUCCAUUCACAGCAUUAAGUGAAGCACAGGCAUUCUCAAACAAGGGCUUUGCUGAAAAGAAUGAUGGCAACUUCUCUUUAGUGUGAAGCUUCCAGUACCAUGCCCUCUAUCAACAUCAGAGCUCUGUAAAUAAAUGAACUCUCUCACUG